CUUGCCCUCUAAUCGAUUUCCUGCAUUCCUGGGUCCUCCACUCCAAAUUUGAUCUACAAUGGAGGAGGAAAUCGAGAAGGGUUGUCAUGAAUACAGUGAAGAUGAUGAGGCAAAAGCCUUUGAAGAAGAAGAGAUGAUCUUCAGUUUGCUAAACGCCCAUGAGUAUAAUAAUAGCAUCCAUCAAGUAGAUCAUCUUGAUUCGAAGAAUAUUAUUCGAGAAGAUGAAAAUUUCGUUGCCUCUCUUCAAAUGAAGGUGAGAAAGAAGAAGGCCUUAUUAGAUUUCAGAUGCAUGGUUGAAGAUGCAAUUCUUGGAAAUUAUAUUCUUGAAAAUCCCAAAGUAAAUCUUUCCAAGAAAGAAAUGAAUAAGAUGAUAGAACAACUGGGAGAGAUUACUCUUUGGGGUGUGCCUCUAUUGCCAAGCAAAGGCCAUGAAGGCACGGAUACUGUGCUAUUGAAAUUCUUGAAGGCCAAAGAUUUUAAGGUUCAGGAGGCCUUCAAUAUGCUACGAAAGACCUUGAAAUGGCGAAAAGAUUACAAGACUGAUGCCAUUCUUGAAGAGGAUUUGCUUCUUGAUCUUGAUCUGGAUAAGGUUUUGUACGUGAAUAGUGUAGACAAGCAAGGCAACCCUUUGUAUUAUAAUAUGUAUGGGGCGUUCAAGGAUAAGGAGUUUUACAAGAGAGUAUUAGGAACAGAGGAGGAUCGAGAGAAAUUCUUGAGAUGGAGAAUCCAAUUCAUGGAGAAAAUAAUCAAGAAACUUACCUUCAAAGCAGGAGAGGCAGGUUCUGUACUACAGAUUACAGAUUUCAAGAACAGUCCUGGCCCAGAAAUGAAGGAGCUACGUGCGGUUUCCAAGAAAGCCUUCUUUCUGCUUCAAGCCAAUUAUCCUGAGAUCAUUCACGCGAAUAUACUAAUAAAUGUCCCUUUCUGGUACUACACAUCCCUCCUAGUAUCGUCCAAGCUCGUGAACCAUAGAACUAAAAGGAACUUCAUUUUUGUUAGGCCAUCAAAAGUCACUCAGACCCUUCUAAAGUACAUAACCCCAGAAAACCUACCAAUUGAAUAUGGUGGUCUAAAAAGAGACAAUGAUGGUGAGUUCCUUCCUGAGGACAGUGCUUCUGAGGUGAUUGUGAAAGGAAAUUCAUCUAGGUCCAUCAAAAUCCCAGUCUCUGAGGCUGGGGUGACAAUUGUUUGGGAAUUUACUGUGGUUGGAUGGGAUGUGACCUGCAGAGAAGAGUUCAUUCCAGAGGAUGAAGGCUCAUACAAAAUCCUGCUGCGCAAGUCCAAGGAAAGGAAGAUGGGAGAGUGUGUUAGGAAUUCAUUUUACAUAAAUGAACCAGGGAAAAUAAUGAUUACCAUUGACAAUGCAACCCUCAAGAAAAGAAGGGUCUAUUAUAGAUCUAAGACCAAACCCUUUGUACCCAAUUAUAUCAUCAAUAACAUCAAAUAGCUUUACAUUUUGCAUUUUCUUUAUUCACUUCAAUUUCUGCGCCCUAAUUAACAUACAAUUAGGAUCAGAAGAA